AUGGCUCUGGACGGGAUAAGGAUGCCAGAUGGCUGCUAUGCGGAUGGGACGUGGGAACUGAGCGUUCAUGUGACGGACCUGAACCGCGAUGUCACCCUGAGAGUGACUGGGGAGGUGCACAUUGGAGGGGUGAUGCUCAAAUUGGUGGAAAAACUCGAUGUGAAAAAAGAUUGGUCUGACCAUGCUCUGUGGUGGGAAAAGAAGAGAACUUGGCUUCUCAAGACGCAUUGGACCUUGGAUAAGUACGGCAUUCAGGCAGAUGCUAAGCUUCAGUUCACCCCCCAGCACAAGCUGCUCCGCCUGCAACUUCCCAACAUGAAGUAUGUGAAGGUGAAAGUGAAUUUCUCUGAUAGAGUCUUCAAAGCUGUUUCUGACAUCUGUAAGACAUUUAACAUCAGACACCCUGAAGAGCUUUCUCUAUUGAAAAAACCCAGAGAUCCAACAAAGAAAAAAAAGAAAAAGCUAGAUGACCAAUCUGAAGAUGAGGCACUUGAACUAGAGGGGCCUCUUAUCACUCCUGGAUCAGGAAGUAUAUAUUCAAGCCCGGGACUUUAUAGUAAAACAAUGACCCCUACUUACGAUGCUCAUGAUGGAAGCCCCUUGUCACCAACUUCUGCUUGGUUUGGUGACAGUGCUUUGUCAGAAGGCAACCCUGGUAUACUUGCUGUCAGUCAGCCGAUAACAUCACCAGAAAUCUUGGCGAAAAUGUUCAAACCUCAAGCCCUUCUUGACAAAGCAAAAAUCAACCAAGGGUGGCUUGAUUCCUCAAGAUCUCUCAUGGAACAAGAUGUGAAGGAAAAUGAGGCCUUGCUGCUCCGAUUCAAGUAUUACAGCUUUUUUGAUUUGAAUCCAAAGUAUGAUGCAAUCAGAAUCAAUCAGCUUUAUGAGCAGGCCAAAUGGGCUAUUCUCUUGGAAGAAAUUGAAUGCACCGAAGAAGAAAUGAUGAUGUUUGCAGCCUUGCAGUAUCAUAUCAAUAAGCUGUCGAUCAUGACAUCAGAGAAUCAUCUGAACAACAGCGACAAAGAAGUUGAUGAAGUUGAUGCUGCCCUUUCAGACCUGGAGAUUACUUUGGAAGGGGGAAAAACAUCAACAAUUUUGGGUGACAUCACUUCCAUCCCUGAACUUGCUGACUAUAUUAAAGUUUUCAAGCCAAAAAAGCUGACUCUAAAAGGUUAUAAGCAGUACUGGUGUACCUUUAAAGAUACAUCUAUUUCUUGUUAUAAGAGCAAAGAAGAAUCCAGUGGAACACCAGCUCAUCAGAUGAACCUAAGAGGGUGUGAAGUUACCCCAGAUGUGAAUAUUUCAGGCCAAAAAUUUAACAUUAAACUCCUCAUUCCGGUUGCAGAGGGCAUGAAUGAAAUCUGGCUUCGUUGUGACAAUGAAAAACAGUAUGCACACUGGAUGGCAGCCUGCAGAUUGGCCUCCAAAGGCAAGACCAUGGCAGAUAGUUCUUACAACUUAGAAGUUCAGAAUAUUCUUUCCUUUCUGAAGAUGCAGCAUUUAAAUCCAGAUCCUCAGUUAAUACCAGAACAGAUCACAACUGAUAUAAAUCCUGAAUGUCUGGUGUCCCCUCGCUAUCUAAAAAAGUACAAGAACAAGCAGCCAGGCUAUAUAAGAGAUUUGAUAACAGCAAGAAUCUUGGAGGCCCAUCAGAAUGUAGCUCAGAUGAGUUUAAUUGAAGCCAAGAUGAGGUUUAUUCAAGCUUGGCAAUCAUUACCAGAAUUCGGCAUCACACACUUUAUUGCAAGGUUCCAAGGGGGCAAAAAAGAAGAACUUAUUGGAAUCGCAUACAACAGACUGAUUCGGAUGGACGCCAGCACAGGAGAUGCAGUUAAAACCUGGCGCUUCAGCAACAUGAAGCAGUGGAAUGUAAACUGGGAAAUAAAAAUGGUCACUGUAGAGUUUGCAGAUGAAGUACGGUUGUCCUUCAUUUGCACUGAAGUAGAUUGCAAAGUGGUUCAUGAAUUCAUUGGUGGCUACAUAUUUCUCUCAACACGUGCAAAAGACCAAAAUGAGAGUUUAGAUGAAGAGAUGUUCUACAAACUUACCAGUGGUUGGGUGUGA